AUGGAGAAAACAAGUGUUGCACAUGAGUUAGAACUCACUGUUACUACUCAAUCCAAGAGACAGAAAGUUGUUGAUGAGAGGUUUAAGGAAGUAGAGGUCAAGGAAAAAGAGCAUCAAGUUCUUACCUUAAAGUUAGGGGAAAUCAAAAAGCAGAUUGAGUUCAAACCGGAUAAACUUAAAGCAGUAGAGAUUGAAGCAUGUGGUAAAGAAAAGGAACUUGAUUUGUUAAGGAACCAGAUCAAGUUAGAGGAAGAGAAACUCAUUGAGGUCAGGAAAUCAGUGAAGAAUACUCAAAGUGAACUUGAGUUGAAGAAGAAAGAGUUGAGACAGAGGAGUAAUGUGAUUAUUAAGAACGAGCAACAUUCUAUUGGAGAAGAGACUGAGCUGUCAUCAGUUUCUCUUGGUCACCAUGACGUCUCCAGAGUUCUUCGAGCUACACGUAAUCCAACAGAAUAUGUUCUGGAUCUAGUUGAGAGAGAAAUUAGGAAUGCUCAUCAAAGAGAAGAAUCGGGUUUACAGAACUCAGUGGUGGAGAAUUUGAUUCUGUUUCUUGAGGAGCUAGAAGAUAUUGGAGGUUCAGUCAAGCCUCAACUGCGGUUAAAGGCUACACAGGUGGCAACUCUAUGGAAAGGGAUGAUAAGAACCGAAGCGCCAAGAUCAUGUGUCGAGGCUUUGACUUUUUUGUUGUUUGUUGUGGCAUAUGGAUUAGAGAGUUUGAUCAACGAAGAAGAGACUGCUCUACUUGCAACGUCUGUGUUUCAUUACAAACAAGGUCCAAGAAUCUUUCACUCUCUUGGUCUCAAACUUCAGAUCCCAGAGUUUGUUGUAGACCUCAUCACUACUCGUCAAUACAUUCCUGCGGUCCGACUUACAUGUUUGCUCAAGCUUACAGACUACUCACCCUCAAAUAUCUUAAUGAAAGAGAUCAUCGAUUUAAGACGCGCUACCCUGGAAAAGGCUGAAAACAAUGAUGUCGGAAGAUUGAGAGCCAUACUUGAACUCGUGGCAGAUUAUAAGCUCGACAUUGAUAUUCCAGGCGAUCUUAUUACCAAGCUCAUGCUUCCGAGAGAAAACUCAACCCCACCUGUGCUUCAUUGCUCUGUGACGCACCGACCAAAACUUAACAUCUCCUCAUCAGAUCAAGAAGCUACUUUUUCUCCUAAUGUGUUUGCUGCAACACGUUCAAAUGUGGAUCUUCGAGCUCCUAAACGUGAGUUUAAACCGUUUGUGAACUCAUCAGCCAAUUGUAGGUACUAA